AGGCUACUUUGUUAGUGGGUUGUUAUGCUGUAUGUUUUUUGCUUAUAUGUAGUUAAAUUAUAGUAUGCUUAGACUAUGUGGCUAUGCAUACAAUGCUAUAGCAUAUUCUUCAGUAUACAUUCCAGGCUGGGUAUAGAUUGGCCAUGCGCAGUAAUACAGUCGUGGGUUUCGUAUGACACGUGCUUAUAGGUUAUGACAAUCUUGAGAAUUUUUGUGUACAUUGUGUCUGUAUACUAGAUCUAUUUAUUUGGUGUGGAUUUAUUUGUUGAGGAUUUUGUAUCAAUGACAGUGCAAGAUAUGGAUAUUUCUUUGAACAUAUCUUCAGGAUCAAAUGCUGUCACGUCGAAAAAGACUGGACAGAGUAAAAAUGAAUUUUUUAAGCCUCAUGUUAAAAGGUUAAAUAAAAAUGCAGUGAAACGUAAUAGCAAUACUGAAGUAGUUAAUACUGAUUCCAAACACCCAUCCGACAAACAGGCAUUUGAUUUCAAAAAAAGAAUCAAGCAAAAAUCAUUGGCAGCGAUUGUUGCCAGGAAUUUGAAAGGGACUGGUUCUGUUAACGUAACUCCUGCCAAGCACGAUGUAUCGAAGGGGAAAGGAAAUCUUACGAAUAAGACUUCUCAAGAUUUUAACAUUAAGCUUCACAGUAAAUUGUCUACAUCUAAUGAAGAGACUAUAAGGCAGUCUGACUCUAAACACAAUAAGAAUGAGAAUGUUACUUCAAGUGAAGCUAUUGUAUCAUUUAUUAAACCAACAAAACAGAAUUCCAUCAAAACAAUUCUAGCUAAGAAGCGCAGUAAUACAAUCAACGAUGGGAAAAAGUCAUUGUCUGAAAUAUUCUCAAAAAGUUCUACUUCCGAUACUACUGAAUCAAACUUACUGAACUCUCAUCAAGAGUUCAAAAACAAUGAGUACAAUUUACCAAACAAAAAACCUAAGUUGGAUCAUGAAAAAAGGAGUUUUGAUUCAGACCGUGACAUAAAAUCACAGUACGAGAGUAAAAAGAAUAGAAAGCACCCAGACAAAAACAUUAAUACGGAUAAUUCUAAAAAAUUCACUGGGAAAAAUGAUAAACAAGCAUCAAGAUCAUACAGUGGCAGAUAUUUCUCAUUGUUUAGUAACAAUCCUGAAAUGCCGAACAUUGGUCAGAGAUUCGUUAAACCUGUAAAUGAGCCUGUAUUUACUGGUACAAAGUUUGACGAUUUAGAUAUUCAUCCAUUCACGGUGUCCAAUUUAGAACAAAACAUGCAAAUUACAAAAAUGACUACUGUGCAGCAAAAGGCUAUUCCGCAAAUAUUAUCAGGCCAAGAUGUAUUAGUCAGAUCACAAACUGGGUCAGGUAAAACAUUAGCCUACGCCAUACCAAUAAUUGAAACCCUUCAUAAAAUCCGACCAAAAUUAACGAGAGAUUCCGGCCUAAGAGCUCUCGUAGUAGUACCAACAAGAGAACUUGCUUUACAGACCUACGAAUGCUUCUUGAAGUUAAUUAAACCCUUUACCUGGAUCGUACCUGGCUACUUGGUAGGUGGUGAAAAAAGGAAAGCUGAGAAAGCCCGAUUACGAAAGGGUUGUACUAUACUAAUCGUUACACCCGGUAGAUUAUUGGAUCACGUUAAACAUACAGAAGCUCUUAAAUUAGAUCAGGUCAAAUGCUUCGUACUGGAUGAAGCUGAUAGGAUGCUGGAUAUGGGAUAUGAAAAAGACAUUUCGAGCAUAGUUGACGCUUUAAAAAAUUCGAAUUUGACGGGUUCUGCUACGGGAUAUAAUCCAAUGGAAAUGUUACGUCAGAACGUAAAAAAAACUUUUGGAGAUGACACGGCGAAUACUGAUAACGAGACUGACGAUGAAACUAAGAAAAACGAAUCCAAAAUUCAAAGUAAAAAUAUUGAAUCAGAAAAAGACGGUUUUUCGGAUUCUAAUGAAGAAACAGAGACCAACAAUAUAUCGCAAAAAGAAUAUCACUCGGGCACAGAUACUGAUAGUGAUGCAGAAGAUCAAAAGUUUCCAAUCCGAAUAAACAAAAAAUGUCAAAAAACCGCAGAACCGACUCGUCAAAUCAAAUCUGAACCCAAAAAAGAUGCAGAAUCGGUGACUACUGACACUCAAGGUAGACAGACUAUUCUACUCUCGGCUACGUUAACCCAAGCCGUGGAAAAGCUUGCCGGUUUGACAAUGCAGAAUCCGAUUUUUAUCGACGCGGCUCAGGAGAAUCUCCUAACUUCCGGCGGUAGCUUGAGCGAGCUUAAUGAGGAUCUUAUAGUACCUCAAAGCGUGACGCAAAGUUAUAUCAUGACGCCGCCAAAGUUACGUAUGGUAACUUUGAGCGCAUAUAUAGCCGGCAAAUGUCGAUCAUCAGGACAGCACAAGCUCCUCGUAUUCAUGGCUACCCAGGACAUGGUGGACUAUCACAUGGAAAUCCUAUCAUCCAUCCUAACCAAACCAACGGACGAAGACGACGAAGACUCGGAUCCUCUCGUUGACGUGGAGUUCUUCAAAUUGCAUGGAAACAUGAGUCAGAAGGAACGUACCGAAGUUUUCAAAACUUUUCGCAAGGCGCGCGGUGGCGUUUUACUAUGCACGGAUGUCGCAGCACGUGGGCUAGACAUGCCUAAGGUGGACUGCGUCGUCCAGUACACGGGACCAGUCUCCGCAAGGGAUUAUGUCCAUAGGAUUGGCAGAACGGCACGUGCUGGUACAGCAGGCUCGGCCACGAUCUUCCUGACGCCUUCUGAAGUUGAGUUCGUCCGGAUGCUGGAGUCUAGGAGGAUCAGGAUCAAGCAGGAGGAUAUGAAUGACGUGCUGGACAAACUACUUGGUCCUCUAUCCAAACAUUCCAGUUCGGGGGCUGCCGCGAACGCUCUGCAGAACGACUUUGAGACACUUAUUCUGGAAAACAAGAAGCUGCAUGGCAUGGCUUGCAAGGCCUACGUAUCCUGGAUACGAUUCUACUCCAGUUAUCCUCACGAGAUGCGGGAGAUCUUCAACCGCAAGGAGCUCCAUCUCGGUCACUACGCAAGGAGCUUUGGACUACGUGAUCCGCCACAGAGAAUAGGCGGAAUCGGCAAGAAACUCUGGAAUGACCAAGACCCGAUGCGUAAACAUGACAAUAGACUUUCGAAUGAAAGGACUAAGAGGGUGACCACUGGCAGUCGGGAUCCUAAGGGCCGUCCUGGACAACGACAGCAGAAGACGGGCUUGCUGAAGAAGGUGCGGAUGCUGAACACAUCGGAGUACGACAGUGGAUUGGAACCGAUUAAGAAAUCUAAAAAAUAAUGAACCUCCGGUUUGUCGGUGGGUUUUGAAUAUCGUCACGACCUAUUUUCAAAUCGGUACGGUUGGCUUGCUGCUAAUUUUAUAAAUACUCCGUUUCCUUUUUCUUUUUUCUUCUGUACAUAAAGAAUAGAAAGAAAGAUCA